AUGAGGAUUGAGUGGGACAAGUUUGAUUACUUUUUCAAUCUUUGUGACCCUCACGAUGGAGCACCGUCAAUGUUUCUGAAUAAGAGCAAUGAGGAAGGGAUUAAAGAGCUGACCCAACUUGCCAUUUCCAAACACAACCAAGAGAAUGGAACAAACAUUGUGCUCGUUGAGCACGUCUCGGCAAAUUACCGGUAUACUGGUAUGAUGGCACACUGGAUCACAUUCUGGGUUAGAGACAUGUCCUCCCCUUGUCCUGAGUCGAAACUCUAUCAAGCUAAAGUACUAAGACGUCAACAUUCGUAUCAGUUUCCCAUUUUCAGGCUCAAACCGACAGACGAAGAGAUGAUGGCCGCUCCUGUUCGCGUGAAAACUCCACUUCCCAUUCAUCAUGACAUAGAUAAACCACCAGUUGUCUUCCGUCGAGCUGGUCCUGGAGAGGAUCCCGUGCCAGGAACCCCUUUUGUUUUCACUCGAGAUGGCGGUGAAUUUGAGUCUGACACCGAGUCAGAGAAAGAUGAAUGGGAAUACUAG